CGCAAGGUCGCCGCAGCCAUUUUGUUCCGCCCGCCGAGGCCCUGAGAUGGCGGCGGGGGAGACGGUGAAGGUUGCCGCCUGCCCAUCAGGGCUGUAGCCGCCGUCUCCCUGUCCCCCGCGGCCGUCCCAUGGGCUGACGGAGGCCGAGACCAUGGACCUCCACACCGCCGUGUACAAUGCCGCCCACGACGGCAAGCUGCAGCUACUGCAGAAGCUGCUCAGCGGCCGGAGCCGGGAGGAGCUGGAUGAGCUGAUGGGCGAGGUGGCCUGCGGAGGGACGCCGCUGCUCAUCGCCGCCCGCUACGGCCACCUGGACGUGGUGGAGUACCUGGUGGACCGGUGCGGCGCCAGCGUGGAGGCCGGCGGCUCGGUGCACUUCGACGGCGAGACCAUCGAGGGCGCGCCGCCGCUGUGGGCCGCCUCGGCCGCCGGGCACCUGGACGUGGUGCGCAGCCUGCUGCGCCGCGGCGCCUCGGUGAACCGCACCACGCGCACCAACUCCACGCCGCUGCGCGCCGCCUGCUUCGACGGCCACCUGGAGGUGGUGCGCUACCUGGUGGGCGAGCACCAGGCCGACCUGGAGGUGGCCAACCGGCACGGGCACACGUGCCUCAUGAUCUCCUGCUACAAGGGCCACCGCGAGAUCGCGCGCUACCUGCUGGAGCAGGGCGCCCAGGUGAACMGGCGCAGCGCCAAAGGCAACACGGCGCUGCACGACUGCGCCGAGUCCGGCAGCCUGGAGAUCCUGCAGCUGCUGCUGGGCUGCAACGCGCGCAUGGAGCGCGACGGCUACGGCAUGACCCCGCUGCUGGCGGCCAGCGUGACGGGCCACACCAACAUCGUGGAGUACCUCAUCCAGAAGCAGCCAGGCCAGCCGCAGGCGGCCGGCGCAGGGCCGCCCCAGGAGGGCUCCGCCCCAGAGGAGCCCCUCACCUACGAGAGCUGCUGCCCCACCAGCCGGGAAGCUGCCAUAGAAGCCCUGGAGCUGCUGGGAGCCACGUAUGUGGAUAAGAAGCGAGAUCUGCUGGGGGCCCUUAAGCACUGGAGACGCGCCAUGGAGCUGCGGCACCAGGGCGGCGAGUAUUUGCCCAAACCCGAGCCCCAGCAGCCGGUCUUGGCCUACGACUAUUCCAGGGAGGUGAACAGCGCCCAGGAACUGGAAGCGCUGAUCACGGACCCGGAUGAGAUGCGCAUGCAGGCGCUGUUGAUCCGGGAGCGCAUCCUGGGCCCCUCGCACCCCGACACCUCCUACUACAUCCGGUACCGGGGCGCUGUGUACGCCGACUCGGGCAACUUCGAGCGCUGCAUCCGCCUGUGGAAGUAUGCCCUGGACAUGCAGCAGAGCAACCUGGAGCCCCUGAGCCCCAUGACRGCCAGCAGCUUCCUCUCCUUUGCCGAACUCUUCUCCUACGUGCUGCAGGACCGCGCCGCCAAGGGCAGCCUGGGCACGCAGAUCGGCUUCACAGACCUCAUGGGCGUGCUCAGCAAAGGCGUCCGGGAAGUGGAGCGGGCCCUGCAGCAGCCCAGGGAGCCCGGGGACUCGGCACAGUUCACCAAGGCGCUGGCCAUCAUCCUGCACCUGCUCUACCUGAUGGGCAAGGUGGAGACCAGCCCCAGCCAGGAGCACCUGAAGCACCAGACGGUCUACCGGCUGCUCCGGUGCGCUCCCCGCGGCAGGAACGGCUUCACGCCCCUGCACAUGGCUGCCGACAAGGACACCACCAACGUGGGCCGCUACCGCGUGGGCACCUUCCCCUCCCUGCACGUGGUCAAAGUGCUGCUGGACUGUGGGGCCGACCCGGACAGCAGGGACUUUGACAACAACACCCCGCUGCACAUCGCGGCCCAGAACAACUGCCCGGCCAUCAUGAACGCCCUGGUGGAAGCUGGGGCCCACAUGGACGCCACCAACGCCUUCAAGAAAACCGCCUGCGAGCUGCUGGACGAGGGGCUGCUGGCCAAGAGCACCAUGCAGCCCUUCAACUACGUGACCCUGCAGUGCCUCGCCGCCCGCGCCCUGGACAAGAACAAGAUCCCCUACAAGGGCUUCAUCCCCGAGGAGCUGGAGGCCUUCAUCCAGCUGCACUGAGCCGGGGAGGCCACGGCCUCGCCCUCGCCAGCACCCAAGGGCCCUCUGCCUCUGGCCCCUCCCCUGGACCAGGGAGCAGUUAGUGCGCCUGCGCGCUGGCRGCCUGCAGGGUCACAUGCUGGGAGGGACUGGGGGCCUCCUGCACCCCGAGGUCCUGGUGCCCAGCCACCCACAGUGGUAGGAGCGGCUCCCAGUCGGGCAUUGGCAAGUGCAGAAGCAGGGUCCCCCGGCUGCCCCGUGGCCCUGGGCAGCUGUGGGCUUGGUGGGUGUAGGGGUGGACCCAGCUGUGCCCAGGUUCUGACAUUUUGCUGCAGUUCUUCAUUUUAUUUUAUUUUUUUUAGGCUUUUUGUUUGCUGGACCGCGCGAGCUGCCUCCAGGCAGUCAGGGGUUUGGUGCCUGUGGCCACCCAUCCCAGUGAGCUGUGCUGGGGAGYGAGCCCCAGGCCCCGUGUCCGCCCYGAGGUGGCCCUAGGUGUGUAUGGGACCCCUCUCGGCCUUGCGCAGGCCUCCCAGCCUCCCAUUCUCCUUAGAGAACAGUGUCCCCCRACUUUGACCCAAGAUCAGGUCAAGCACCAAAGAAGCCACACGAUUGCCUCCCAGGGCAGCGGGUAUAGGUCCGGCGCCACUGUUUACGGAUUAAAAGGACAGGCAGACCACUUCAGCCUAGGGACGCCUGUGCGGCCUUCCCCGUCUGGGGCAUGCCCACAACAGCCCUGCCCUUGACCUGCUGCAGGACCUGAGUCCGGGCCUCCCCCGGGAGGGCCCAGCUCUGCAGUAACGCAGGUCUGCGGUCUCCAUGGAGCAGGUCGCCAGCACUUGCCCCGCCCCCUGGGCCCUGGGUCCCCGCACAGUUGCCAGGGCAGGUUAGCAGAAGGCAUCCUUCUGCCCAGGUGACACCACAGCCCUGCAGGAGCAGAUCCCAGCUCCAUCGCAGAGGGUAGCACCACCGCUGGACGCCUGGCCCUUGAGGCGGGUUUGGGUUUGCAGUGUUAGGUAGGAAGUUUAUUUAUUCAUAAGACGAGCUUUUGACUUAACUCAGGAGGACAAUCCUGGCCCUCCCGAAGCACAGCAGAAGCAGGUGUUUCUGUUGCAGCCCGAGGGCAUUAAAAAGCAGGUGUUUGAA